GUUUGACUUGAACGGUCUGUCCAAGAAGGAUGGGGGGAGCGCUGUAUGCCGGGUCUGCGUAGCCUACUAGCUCGACUUAUCACGGGGGCUUUUGUCAAACAAUGAAUUUCUGUCACAGACAAUAUAGUUACGAUAAAUAAAUAAAAAAACAAGGAAAAAGACAACCGGGAACACUGAGUCCUCGCGACAGCAAAUCUACGCAGGAUGGGCGAGCGGGUGGACACUGCUUUUAAAACCACUGGAUCCAAGUGGCUGCUGCCUGUCAGUGAAUACUUGGGCUUUCCCCUUGAUCAGGUGAAUUUUAUGGUGUGCCAGCUGUUUGCCCUGGCUGCUGCCUUCUGGUUUCGCCUCUACCUCAGUCCUAGCCAUGCCAAUCCAUUGGUCAGGCACGCUGUGGCCACUCUCCUUGGCAUUGCUUUUCUCAUCUUCUGCUUUGGAUGGUACUCGGCUCACAUCCUGGCAGUGGUGGUAGCAAGCUACUUGAUCAUCAACAAAGCUGACAUCAACAAUGUACACAGGUAUUCCAUGGUGACGGCUAUGGGAUACUUGACACUGUGCCAAGUGAGCAGAGUCUUUAUCUAUAACUAUGGAGUUCUGUCCACUGACUUCUCUGGGCCUCUUAUGAUAGUUACCCAGAAGAUAACCACGCUGGCUUUCCAGCUCCAUGACGGUAUGUGCAAGAAAGCUGAACAACUGACCCCAGAGCAGAAGCCUCUGGCUAUAAAUGUAAGGCCUUCUCUUAUCAAGUACCUGAGCUACAAUCUGAACUUCCUGAGUGUAUUGGUGGGACCAUGCAGUAACUAUAAGGAAUACAUAGACUUCAUUGAGGGCAGACAUAUCAGCAUGAGGCUUAGGCAGCACUCUGGGAUGUGUAACGGGCAGAACGGCUAUGAUAAGACACCGGAGCCAUCACCUCUGAACGCUGUCUGUCGAAAAUUGCUGGUCUGCAGCGGGUGUAUGCUGUUCUUCCUCACGGUAACUCGGGCCUUGCCGAUAAAGUACAACGUGGACCCCCACUUUGUCAGCCAAGCCCCCUUCCUCACAAGGCUCACCUACGCUUUCUUCUCCAUUCAAGCAGCAAGGCCCAAAUUCUACUUUGCUUGGACACUGGCUGAUGCAGUCAACAACGCUGCCGGUUAUGGUUUCUUUGGGAUGGAUGAAAAUGGAAAGCCGUCUUGGGACCUAAUGUGCAACCUUAACAUCUUGGGGAUUGAGACCGCCACUAGCUUUAAGACAUUCAUAGACAACUGGAACAUUCAAACAGGAAUUUGGCUCAAAACGGUGUGUUAUGACCGAGCCCCCAAACACAGGUUGGCGUUGACCUUCAUCCUGUCUGCCCUGUGGCACGGUGUUUAUCCAGGGUACUAUUUCACCUUCAUCACUGCCAUCCCCAUCACCAUGGCAGCACGAGCUGUACGUAGGUCAGUUCGCCACUACUUCCUGGGCUUCAGAGGCUUGAAGCUAGGUUACGACAUUUUAACUUGGGCUGCCACCCAGCUGGCCAUCUGCUACACCGUUAUGCCUUUUCUACUUCUUGCAGUAGAGCCCACUUUGGUUUAUUACAGGUCUAUGUACUUCCACAUUCACAUCAUCAGCAUUCUGGCUGUGAUCGCCCUGCAUCGGAAACACAAAUCCAGUGAACCCUCUGCCACCACCAAAACGUUUUACUCCUCCUCCUCCUCGUCUUCGUGCUGUGCCCAGUGCCAGCCUGUUCACUCUAACAACAAUGACAAAGUAGACUGAAAAUCCCCACUUCACGUUCUUUUACCAGGCUCUCAUUCAGUGGUGAAUAUCCCUUAAGGGCAUUUAGCCAGCAUAAAUGGGAAAGCAUUUCGUUUUGGGACAAUACAGUUAGGAAAAAAACUACGAUGGUACAUAAUGAUGCAGGAGUUGAACCUACGACACUGGAUGUACAUGGGGAGAGCUGUCAUAUAGGAAGAUUAGUAAGAAACUGAAUCGGAUUCUAAGAGAACAUAUCAAACACAAGAAAAGCAGGCAGACUGAAAAGAAAAACACUAGCUAAGGGAACAUCUCCGGUACCACCACGACCCCCAGGACACUGGCCUCCUGCCAUGCCCCCACCCCCCCAUCUCAACACCAUCUUACAGCCUGCCUGUUCCAACAACAAUGCGGCAACAGUGUGAAGAGAGAAAAAGAGCCGACGCUUUCUUUCCUGUCCUAUCUCCGAGUCCUGCCAAUUGGUGGGAUCUAAGCCAGCACAGUGGGAGAGCAGCUCAUAAACGGUGCACAAAUACCAGGACGCACACAAACUCAUGCAUUACCAGACAGACACUAGGACACAAGUAUGCACAAUCUCUCUCAGACACGCUCGUACUUGGUCACACUCUGAUGGCACACAAAGGCUGCACUUGUGUGGCCCCAGUCAGCCAGAGCAUACCAAGAGGCCGUGUGUGUGUGUGUGUGUGUGUGUGUGUGUGUGUGUGUGUGUGUGUGUGUGUGUGUGUGUGUGUGUGUGUGUGUGUGUGUGUGUGUGUGUGUGUGUGUGUGUGUGUGUGUGUGUGUGUGUGUGUGUGUGUGUGUGGUUUCAUUAUGAAAAAACUCAGACUGUGUUGUUAUGGGUGCAAAGAAAUACAAAUUAUACAGUGCAGCUCUCAAACUGUUCAGUAAAACUAUUACAGACGUAUUUUUAGGCAGGAUGGUAGCUCUUCCUGGUGAGGAGACACUCCUGUAGGACCACAGAAUGCCUGUAAACAUAGAAGGAACAGCUAGAAUUGUUUUAAAGAAAGAAUGGAACACUACUGCAACAGCAAGAAUGUGAACCUUUUUGCAUUGCACAAUUGUAACAAGUGAUGAAACAAAAGCAAACAUUGAUGUUCACAGCUGAAAGCAGAAGCAUACAAUUUUGAUUUAAUGAGCAUGGUCGGUUUCUCUUUUUGUGCUGAAGCAGUAAUUUAAUAGUGACAUAGUUCUUAAUGUUUUAGUACUUUGUCAUAUGAAAGGUGCUGGAUACCUGUUAUCAUUAUGUGUAGAGUAAAGAACCAAAAGCUGUUGUGAAACUGAGAUGAAACAAGAUGGAAGUUUCUUUAUUUUUUGGGGGUGGGGGGGGGGGUAACCAUUGCCCUCUCAAAAGAAUGGUUAAUAUGACCAAGAAUAGGAAUUUAUAAAUCAAAUAUAUUUCUUUAUGUUGAGUUUUUUUCCUUUUGUUCUGAGGUUCUUUGGGAGAAAGAACAUGUUUGGAAACUGUAGAUUUACCAGAGCUUAUCAGCAGCUGCAGGUUGAUUUAACAGAGCCAUCUGCUGGUUGUGUGUACUGUCUGAACACUGCUGAAUGAAGCAAUGAAGGUAAGCUCAUUUGGACUGACUGACACUUCCACGCUCCCAAUGCAACGUCACACCAAUUAUAAGCAGAAAGCAUAUUUUUACUCCGAUAUUACAAUUUCUUUUUUUAACAAUUCUUCAAUUUUUUCACUUCACUAGCUUUUAUCUUUGCACAGUUGGAAGUUAAUGAAUCAGAAGUUGAUGCUUAUGAUUAGAGAUGAGCUAAGCACGGUGAAAACAAAAAGAUAUAUUCACGUUUUUAAGUAAUUAGACAUUUAUUAUUAAUAUAUUUUUUGUUAUGAAGAAGUUAUCACUUGAAAGAGGUUUGGGAGCACUGGGAGAUUUAUUAUUAUAGGGGUUAUUAAUGGUGCUACCAGCUGCAAGCUAGCACAUAGGCGGUGAUUUAUGUUUUCCUCCGUGGGUGCUCACGAGCGCACGCUCUUUGAAAAAAAAGUAGUCAAAAAAGAUUUCAGAACAGUGGCCGACACAAACACACACUCACCUAUUAACUCGAUAGUAACUCAUAUAUCCAUGUUUUAAUGUUUGGUGUGUUGCAUGUUAUGUGGUGGUCUACAGAGUUUUAAAGAUGUCCUGCCUCUUAGACUGUAAACCUGGUUUACCCACGAGUACCAAUAAAGUAGCCUGAACCUGAACCUGAACCUGACCCUGACCCUGACUCAGGACAGCGCUGGGCCGCGAUCACCUUCGUGGGAAAUUAAGAAUCAAUGGAGCAGGGGACUGACAGCGACAUAUCCAAUCACACUAUGACAGACGCUCCACUUAGCACCAACUACAUGUUUCAUUUUAAAUGAAUACCUUUCCGCGGGUAUGGCAUGCAAACAGCAUUUUUAUCUGUUGAAUCAUGUUGGAGACACAAUCUUUAGGCUUUGUAUUAUUAGAAAGAAAAAACAUCAAACAUUUAUAUGACAAAGAUUACAUCUGUGUCAUAUAAAAAUCACACUUCUUUGCUGUGGCAAGGACCUAGUUCACAGACAGUGAAGUGUUGACACAUUCAUCAAAUUAACGUUGAUUACAGCAGGGGAAUUAUUUAAGAUUUUGUUGAUUAUUUUAAUGUUUACCUGCACAUUAGUACCUCUCUUGGAGUUAGCAUCAGUAACGACUUUGCAAGAGACCUGAAGUUAUAAACCUAAAUGCUGAUGGUAAUGCCCCAUCCCCCCUGAACUGUAACUAAACUCCUCAAAAGGGUUUCUGUGUGCUGGAAAGUGUUUUUAAGUAUGGUUUGCUCUAACAUAAAGUUUGUUGUUUUAUUAAUUGAUAUGUAACUAGCUAUAACCUUUAAAUGUGUUGUUAUCAAUAAUCUGUUAGCGGCACUGUAUAGUUUGCCAGUCUGAUGUUGGUAAUGUUUUCAUGGUGCAGGAAAAUGAGCGAUGAGUGGCACAUAUACAUUGUGACUGUGUUAAAAUGAGCAGCUUUUUUAAUGAUGAAUACUGAUUAUACAGAUUUUUUCUUUUUUGAAUGUGUGUUUGCAAAUGUAUGCGUGAUCACUGACUGAGAAUGUGUGCUGUUCCAUUGUAGUAUUGUUUGUAUGGAGGAAGGAGAGUGGUAUAAAAAGUUUUGAGUAACAAAUAAAGCUUUGGUUAAAAAAAAAAGUUUAUUAAAUUUGUUUUAAGUUUGAAUUGUCUGAUACAAAAAUAUCUUAAGUUAUAUAAUUAAUGAUAAUGAGGACUUAUAAACUAUCACAAAUACAAACAUGUCAUUUUUGUGUUCUGCCUGUCUUUUAGAAACAAGUAAAACCUCUAUUUAAUAAUUCCAGGUGCCAUAGAGUCCUAUUUGUUUUCUAUCUGUUGGUGAUUCUCACCCUAUGCGACGCCUGUCCCAUGCUGUUUAUCC